AUGAUCGCAAUUGUUUGCUUUUUAUUCACAGUUUUAGUACAAUUCAAUAUGGUUGACAGUGCUUGUAAACAACUCGGUCAAACAUGUCAUAAAACAGUGUUUGAUCGUUGUUGUGGUAAUACUGCCUGUCAGUUGCGUGGAUUUAAGGGUAAAUGUGUACGAUGCUUGAAUACAGGUGAUUUAUGCGCAAGAAGUAAAGAAUGUUGCAGAGGAAGAUGUAAACUCUUUAGAUGUAAAGAUCAAUAA